AUGAUGCAUUUGAAGAGCAUUUAUGAUAGUGAUGAUGAAAUAGUGGACGUCAAUGGGUUUCAGGUUCCUUCUUCACAGGUCAAAUGGAUGAGGCGAAUAUUCGAAAGACACACAAACACUGCAUCAGAUUUCCGCCCAAAGAAACAGCAGCUCAAGAAAGCUUACAUUGAUGUCCUCCUUGACAUUAUCGGGAUGUUGUGUCGAUCACCUCUUGAGCUAAAUGACGAAGAACUAGACGAAGUAGACAACACUAUUUUUGACCUAGAAGAUGUAGGGUUUAAGUUGGAUUGGCUAAAGAUGAAGCUUUGGAACGUUUACGUGAAGAAGAAGCAAGCGCAAGAAAGUAGCGCAAGGAUCAGAGAACUCCAAGAAGAGGUGCAGAAACAAAAGCUUGUAUUGUCUUAUUUUGAGAACGAGCUAAAGAAUGAAAAGGACAUGACUAUGGCUACUCGCGCUCCACUUGAUUUCAACGAUGUUGUUUAG